AUGGCUCUUAUAACACUGAUUAUACUUACUUCUCUCCUCCAACACCUCACACACCCGGCAUACGUCGAUGAGGGCAUCGUGGGUGGCAGAGAUGCUGCACCUCACUCCAGACCCUACAUGGUUUCUGUCCAGAAAGAUGGAAAACACAUAUGUGGAGGCUUUCUUGUGUCCAAACACUUCGUUAUGACGGCUGCACAUUGCUGGAGCCAGAAGAAUCUGACUGUAGUGUUGGGUGUGCAUUCACUGUCAAGUACGAAGUCAGAGUUAAGGAACAUUUUAUAUUACCACAUCUAUCCAGCAUAUGAUUCAGCAAACUUAAUUAAUGACAUCAUGCUGUUACAGCUUUCCAAACCUGUCGAUAAGAGUCCCAUUAUAAACUGGGUCUCAUUACCAAAGAAAAAUCAAGACAUCAAGGCUGAACAACUUUGCAGUAUUGCAGGCUGGGGGACACAAACUGAAAAUGGCAAAGCAAGUAAACAUCUCAUGGAGGUUAAUGUUACCACAACAGACAUAAGUGCCUGUAAGAAAUUCGGGAGAAAGAAUUUUCCUACCUCACGUCUGGUGUGUACAAAAGGUCACGGAGGAUUUUGUAAGGGUGACUCUGGAGGUCCACUGGUGUGUAAGAACACUGCAGUCGGCAUUAUUUCAUUCAAUGAUGGUAAAUGUGAUGUGUCAAAGAAGCUAUACGUCUAUACCAAGAUAUCCAAAUUUCUGCCUUGGAUUAAUGCUAUUUUAGAAAGAGUGUAA